GCACGAUCAGUAUGUGGGUUUCGAAUACACUCUAAUCAAAACAAUGAGCGCACGUGUAAGCAUCAGUGUUCUGCGGUAGGGAUCGGUGACAAGGUUUGAAAACGUCGGCUUUGCAUUGGACCACAAAGCGAACCGAACUCUUUUUGGUAAGUCCCACAUAGACGCUACCCAAGCGCUUGCGUCCGAAUCCCGUUCAUUCACGACAACCUCCAGCCUCGAUCUCCAAACUUUCCAACAAUGUUUGCUGCACAACUAGCGAGACAGGUGCGCGCACCACGGCCUUUAAGGUCUGUGCGUAGAAUAUCAACAACACCUGCUCGACGGUCGGACGCUCUUUUUGUGCACCGUGACACUCCUUAUAACAAUCCGAAGAUCCCGUUUGCAUUCAAUGCCGAUAACCAGAAGCGAGCGCAGGAGAUCAUCUCGCAUUACCCACCACAGUACAAGAAAGCCGCCGUUAUCCCUCUGCUUGACCUGGCUCAGAGGCAGAACAAGGGAUGGACAAGCAUUAGCGUCAUGAACUACGUGGCCAACUUGUUGGAGAUGCCACCUAUGCGAGUGUACGAGGUUGCAACCUUCUACACCAUGUUCAACAGGGAGCCAAUUGGCGAGAACUUUGUACAGGUGUGCACUACGACACCAUGCAUGCUGCGUGGUGCAUACGAUAUUCUCGGCAAAGUCUGCUCGGAACUCGGCGGUAUCAAGCCUGGUGACACGACCAAGGAUGGAAAGUUCACUGUCAUCGAAGUUGAAUGCCAAGGUGCAUGCAGUAAUGCACCGAUGAUAGUCGUAGGCGAUGACUUCUACGAGGACCUGACACUGGAGACGACCAAGAAGGUAUUGGACGCCUUCAAAAAAGGCGAGAAACCUAAGCCUGGUCCCCAAAGCGGUCGUCAUACAAGUGAGAACUCUGCUGGCCUCACUGCACUUACAUCCAAGCCCUAUGGCCCAGGAGAGUUCUGUACCCCAGAGUUCAGCUAGGCUUAUCGUGUGAUUCUUCUGUAAUGCAUAUAUACUUUUCUGACCAAUCCCGUUUAUAUAAACGAUUUUCGACAUGACCUUAUAAGCUAGCCAUCAAAUCCUUCAAGGUAUCAAGACGGUACAACAAAGAAGAACAUAUUCGUUCGGAAAUACAAUUUUUAGUUUCAACUUAACAACACCAAAUAACUUGUUUGAUAGAUAUCCGCCAGAAACGGCUUAGGACGCUUGAGAAGUCACAGGAGCUGUUUUCUUUCAGUCAAAGGACGAGCGAAGGACCAAACAAUAGGUGACUUACAUCGGCGAUACUAUCGCGUCCACCAGGCAUCUCACGCACCCUGCGAGAUGGCUUGAAGACCGGCUUCUCAGGUUCAGAUUGUUCCCAAG